AUUGCAUGUCUUUUUUCGGACAACCCCGUGCAUGGUGAAGCAGUAUGUGCAACAAAAACGAGAUUAGGAAAAAGUGAAAUAAAAAUUGUGCAUUACACGAAUAAUAUUAUGACCUGUUGGAAGCCUCGUUGCAUUUUUCCGUUUUUUUAUUUUCAAGCUUUGGCUGUCUGAUCUUCCCACUUUUUUGUUUACCGGAUCUCUUCAAUCUCCAACACGAUUGACAAGCCUACUUGUUCAUCGGGUCAUUGUCUUCCCCUUGACCUCCUACUCACUUGCACGCUAAUAUCCCGUCACGGUCACCAUGGUAAAGGAAGGUCAAAGUCAGACGGCCGCUGUCCAAGUAGCACUCCGUAUUCGUCCACUCACGCAACGAGAUCGGAAUCAGCCUCGCUUUGCAAACUUGGCCAACGACGACAUUCUCAAGAUCCGCGAUAAUACGGUGCAUGUCGUACCUCAUAAUAAACUCUUCAGCUUUGAUAUGGUCUUUGGACCUGACAGUCAACAGAGCGAUAUAUUUUCGGGACUGGUCGAUAAAUUAAUACACAAAUUUGUAGACGGCUAUAAUGUCACAAUUCUUGCUUAUGGUCAAACUUCUUCUGGAAAGACAUAUACCAUGGGAACUGCCCAGCAUAACGGACGCAUCGAUCCAGAAGAGGAAGGCAUUGUGCCUCGAUCAAUGGCACUGCUUUUUGAUAUUCUACAAAAUUCAUCCAACGAACCAACUCAACCUAUUUCACCUACUUCAUCAAUCUCCUCCUCCACAUCCUUGUCGAAAAACUCCAGCCGUCUACGUCCAUUAUCUAGAAUUUCUACUCCUACACUGCGGCAACCACAAACCAAUAAUACACCCAAAUCCCGCUAUUCCGUCAAAGUCUCAUUCGUGGAAAUCUACAAUGAAGAGCUCAUCGAUCUACUCAAUACAGCCCCGGGUGUUGAAAGACCACCGGUAACGAUCCGCGAAGAUACUCGAGGGCAUAUUUACUGGACAGGCGUCAAAGAAAUGAAUGUCCAAAAUACAGAUGAUGUCUUAUUCUAUCUCGAACAAGGCACUCAAAACCGAGCCACAGGAGCCACGGACAUGAAUGAGAAAUCAUCUCGAUCACAUGCCAUCUUUUCUGUCACUUUACGGCAAGAAAAAUGGUCUCCUGGCAGCUUGCAUCAUCCUGCUCGUGCAGAAAGCCCCGUUCCUUCCCGGAAAGCCCGCCCUUCCAGUGCACUAGCCAAUCGAUCCUCCAACAACGAUAUGCGAUCCGCCGAAGAUGGCGAAUGGAUGAUUACCACGUCCAAGUUUCACUUUGUCGAUCUCGCCGGUAGUGAAAGGCUAAAACGUACAGCAGCGGAAGGCGAUCGUCGAAAAGAAGGCAUCAAUAUCAAUGCGGGAUUGCUUGCUCUGGGCAAUGUGAUCUCAGCACUGGGAGAUCCAUCAAAAAGAAGCACUCAUAUUCCAUAUCGUGAUUCUAAACUGACACGGUUGCUGCAAGAUUCCCUAGGUGGCAGUGCCACCACGCUGAUGAUUGCUUGUGCCAGCCCCGUUGAAAAUAACCUUGCCGAAACACUCAAUACCCUACAAUACGCUAAUCGCGCUCGUAAUAUCAAGAAUAAGAUUGAAAAGAACGAAGUGGAAGAAUGGAUGACCACCGAUAAUAUUGAACUCUUGCGUAAUAUGAUCGGAAAACUGAAAAACGAGCUUCGCUUCCUGAAAGCAGGUACAUUGCCACCUCCACCUGUCCAUCGUGGAGAAAAACAACGCAUGAUGAUCGCCGAUUUGCAACGACAAGUCGAAGAACUGGACGGCGAAGCCUCGGUGACGAGAGAACGCAACAGGAUGGUUGAAGCGGAACUGAAGCGGUUACGUAAAGUGGAAACCGUUCGAAAACGGGAAGCCGAGUUGAAUUCCUCCAACAAUGAAGAUUUCCAACAUCUCGUUGAACCAGUCAUUGAAGAAUACGAAAAGAGCAUUGCUGCCCUAGAGUCGCAACUAGCCAUGUCACGAGCUGCUCUCAACCAUUCCGACAUUGGUUUCGAGGAGCAGCAGACCAAAAUCGAGCAUUACGAAUCCGUGAUUGACAGUCAGGAACACGCCAUUGGUGAACUCCGGUUACGACUAGGCAAGGUUCUUGAAAGAGAACACAGUAAUGACAUAUAC